UCUGUGUCCCUCGUCUGUGUCCCGGUCCCUGUCUGUGUCCCGGUCCCUGUCUGUGUCCCGGUCCCUGUCUGUGUCCCCGUCUGUGUCCCGGUCCCCGUCUGUGUCCCGGUCCCCGUCUGUGUCCCGGUCCCCGUCUGUGUCCCGGUCCCUGUCUGUGUCCCGGUCCCCGUCUGUGUCCCGGUCCCCGUCUGUGUCCCGGUCCCCGUCUGUGUCCCGGUCCCUGUCUGUGUCCCGGUCCCCGUCUGUGUCCCGGUCCCCGUCUGUGUCCCGGUCCCCGUCUGUGUCCCGGUCCCUGUCUGUGAACCGGUCCCUGUCUGUGUCCCGGUCCCUGUCUGUGAACCGGUCCCUGCCUGUGUCCCGGUCCCUGUCUGUGUCCCGGUCCCUGUCUGUGUCCCGGUCCCUGUCUGUGUCCCUGUCUGUGAACCGGUCCCUGCCUGUCUCCAGGAGGCGUUGAGCAUAGCCAAGACCCAGGUGGAGAUGGGAGCCCAGGUGUUGGACAUCAACAUGGACGAGGGGAUGUUGGAGGGUCCUGCCGCCAUGGCCCGGUUCUGCUGUCUCAUAUCCUCCGAGCCUGACAUCGCCAGGGUACCUCUGUGUAUAGACUCGUCGAACUUCGAGGUGAUCAAGGCGGGACUGAAGUGUUGUCAGGGGAAGUGUAUCGUGAACAGCAUCAGUCUGAAGGAAGGAGAAGAGGAGUUUCUCCAGAGAGCUACGACUGUCAGACGCUACGGGGCUGCCGUGGUGGUUAUGGCCUUCGACGAGGAGGGUCAGGUGAGACUGUCAGACGCUACGGGGCUGCCGUGGUGGUUAUGGCCUUCGACGAGGAGGGUCAGGUGAGACUGUCAGACGCUA